GUAGUGUAUGUACUAAGUAAUCCGGAAAAUAUAUUUCCGUGUUCAACUAAUCCGGAUCUUAUAGUUUUGUGCAUGUUUUGGUUCUUACACUUAGUUAAAUAAAACGAGUAAAAACUACACGUGUUUUCUUUGUCUCAACGACAUUCUGCAACACCUAGGCCCUAGAUCCUGUAUCUAUAUUUGUCCCUACCACAACGUAACAACUGGCGACGAGGAGUAAGUACGUUAACAAUGCCACACAUUGGCAAAAUCGAGCAAUUUGAUGAUUCGGUUGAAUCAUGGGAGUCGUAUGAGGAGAGACUACAGGCAUUUUUCCUCGCUAAUGACAUUGAUAAUAACCACAAGGUACCUGCAUUGAUAAGCUUAAUUGGUCCAAAGACUUGCACACUUCUGAAAAACUUGAUUGCUCCUGCUAAGGCUACAGAAAAAAGCAUUAAGGACCUUUUGAAAGCACUGCGUGAACACUUGAGCCCCAAGCCAUCGGUCAUUGCCGAGCGGUUCCGAUUUCAUAAGCGCAAUCAACGCCCAGAUGAGUCCGUUUUGUCGUACAUGGCAGAACUUCGUAAUUUGGCAACCCAUUGUCAGUUUGAGGCAGCUUUAAGUGACACAUUACGUGACAGACUAGUGGUUGGUUUACGACAAGAAACUAUACAGAAGAGGCUACUUUCAGAGAAAGACCUUGACCUGGAAAAAGCUAUCAACCUGGCGGUAGCUAUGGAAACGGCAGCGAGAGAUGCAGCUGAAGUACAGGGGGGAAAGAGUGAAACAGUCAACAAAAUCAGCACACUGAGAAACGCAAACCCUCAACCUCACGCACGAUCGACAACACAGAAACAUUCAUGCUAUCGUUGUGAUGGUGAUCAUCCAGCAUCGCAGUGUCGACACACUAACACUGUCUGCUCUUUCUGUCGGAAGGUGGGACACAUUGAGCGAGCUUGUAUGAAGAAGAAACGUGACAGAAACAAGGGACGUAACACUUCCCUAUUCUAUAAUGAGGAGGAAUCUCACUCUGAAGAACGCUACACGGAGGUUAAUGGAGAACCACUUCUACACAUCACAAGCACUUUCCACAUGAAGUCACAUCAUGAGCCACCAAUAACUGUGCAACCAAUUAUUGAAGGAAAAGUCAUCAAGAUGGAGGUCGACACAGGAACAGCUGUUUCCGUGAUUUCUAAGAGUGACUACAGUGCAAACUUUGGUAACGUAAACCUUGAACCAUCAAGUGAAUUACUGCGUGCAUAUUCGGGAGACACAAUUCAACCCCUGGGCAAAAUGAAGGUGAAUGUUCAACUUAACUCACAAUCUGCUAACCUCGAACUGCUUGUUGUUCCACAUGAUGGACCAGCUUUACUAGGAAGAGACUGGCUUGGAAAGCUAAAGCUCAACUGGCAGGAGAUUAAGACUUUACGCUCUAGUGUUGCAACACACCCGCCAACCUUGAAGGAUCUACUUGACUCGCACAACGAGCUGUUCUCACCAGGAGUCGGAACUCUUAAGCACAUUAAGGGGACAGUUACAGUUGAUCCUGGAGCCAAACCUGUGUUUCUUAAGGCGAGAACUGUUCCUUACUCACUGAGGACAAAGGUUGAACAAGAACUUGAUCAACUACAGGCAGAUGGAAUCAUAGAGCCUGUCGCACAUAGUAAAUGGGCUACCCCCAUAGUCCCAGCCAUUAAGAAGAAUGGAAACGUCAGACUGUGUGGUGAUUAUAAGGUAACAGUAAAUCCUGUAAUGUGCGUCGAAAAAUACCCUCUUCCCAAAAUUGAGGACAUCUUUGCAACCCUAGCUGGUGGAAAGAACUUCUCAAAACUGGACUUAACACAAGCAUAUCAUCACAUGGAGCUCGAUGAAGAUUCGCAGGAUCUACUCGUCAUAAACACUCAUAAGGGCCUGUUUAAAUACAAGCGACUUCCGUACGGAAUUGCAUCUGCCCCAGCUCUAUGGCAACGCGCAAUUGAGCAAGUACUACAGAAUAUACCAUCAACGCAAGUGAUCAUUGAUGACAUUAUUGUUACUGGUCGCACUGAUGAGGAACACUUACACAACUUGAAACUCGUACUUGACCGUCUACAAUCGUAUGGACUACAUGUAAACCUUCAGAAAUGUGAAUUUUUCCAAGCUAAGGUGAGCUACGUGGGGCAUGAAAUCGAUGCUAGUGGCCUACACAAGUCACCUGACAAAAUUGAGGCUGUCAAGGAUGCCCAGCGACCUGAGAAUGUUUCCCAACUUAGGUCAUUUCUUGGCCUAGUGAACUAUUAUCACCGAUUCUUAGACAACCUUUCCAGUAAAGCAGGACCACUUCAUGAACUCCUUAACAAAGGAACUAGAUGGGAAUGGAAUGCUAAGCGAGAUAAGGCCUUCAAUGAAAUAAAGGACGCCAUUUGCUCUGACAAGGUUCUGUGCCACUAUGAUGCCAAGCUACCCUUGAAACUAGCUGCAGAUGCUUCGCCUUAUGGAAUUGGGUCGGUACUUUCCCAUGUGUUUCCAGAUGGCUCCGAAAGACCCAUAGCUUUUGCGUCACGCACAUUGAACCAGGCAGAGAAGGCUUAUUCACAGAUUGACAAGGAGGCGCUUGCUCUCUACUGGGGUGUGAGAAAGUUUAAUUCUUACCUUUAUGGACAUAAAUUUACACUUGUCACAGACCACAAACCCUUGCUGAGCAUCUUCAAUCCGAAGAAGUCCCUUCCUGUGAUGACAGCAGCACGUCUCCAGCGCUAUGCUGUAUUCUUAUCAGGAUACCAGUAUGACAUUGAAUUUCGUGGAACCAAGUCUCAUGGUAAUGCUGACGCACUGUCGCGUGUACCACUACCCGCAGUUAAUCAACCACAGGAUGAAAAGGAUCCUAUUGAUUUGUUCUACAACAGACAUUUCGAUGACUUACCUGUUACCUGUGUGCAAAUUCGUAGGGAAACACAGCGUGACCCAGUUCUGAGUCAAAUCCUAGACUACGUGAUACGAGGACAUUUCCCUCAUGACUGUGAUGAACAGUUAAAGCCCUACUACAAUCGCAGAGAAGAACUCAACGUUUACCAAGGAUGUGUUACCUGGGGAAAUCGUGUGAUCAUCCCAGACAUUUUACGCGAGAAAGUAAUGACAGAGCUUCAUUCUGGCCACAUUGGUAUUGUCAAAAUGAAAGCAGUAGCCAGAUCUUACGUAUGGUGGCCCAAGGUUGAUGAAGCUAUUGAGGAAGUCUGCAAGGCUUGUUCUGGAUGUAAGCGUGUGCAGAACACACCUUCCGCCGCACCUGUACACCCAUGGAACCUUCCGCCAAAGGCAUGGCAUCGCUUACACAUAGAUUUCGCCGGACCUUUUCACAACGCCAUGUUCCUCAUAGUUGUGGAUGCGUACUCGAAAUGGCCGGAAGUCUUUGAGAUGAGGAGUACCACAAGUAAUGCAACAAUCAACACCUUACGGACCUUAUUCGCACGACAGGGGAUACCUGCAGAAAUAGUGUCCGACAAUGGACCUCAGUUCCGUUCGGAGGAAUUCCGUCAGUUUAUGGAGUCGAAUGCCAUCAGGCAUAUAACCUCUUCUCCAUUCCAUCCACGCACGAAUGGCCAAGCCGAGAGGUUCGUUCAGUCCUUUAAAAAGGCGAUCAAAUCAGCAUCAGGAGAUUCUGCGUGCAUAAACAAGAAACUGAAUGCAUUCCUAUGUAAAUACAGAAUCACACCACAAGGAACCACUAAUGAGUCACCAUCUAUUCUGUUGUAUGGCCGAAAUAUCCGUACAAGACUUGACAUAUUGAAACCAGAUCUUGCCACGACAGUAAUGCACAAACAAUAUGGUUCUACAGCAAAACACUGCGGUAAUGUGAUUAGAGAAUUCUCAGAUGGGGACGCGGUGAACACACGUGAUUAUCGCAGCAACUCGGAGAAAUGGGCAAAUGGACGUAUCCAUUCGCGGACAGGACCGUUAUCCUACAAGGUGGAUGUGAACGGUACUCUAUGGAGGAGACACGUCGACCAGAUCGUACGUACAUCGAAGGAUCAACCUGCAUAUCCAACUCCGGUGAAUAUUCCGUUUGUGCCAUCCGUAAAUGCUCCCUGCACCACCGACAAAACUCAGGAAAUUGUGAAGGAUGCAGAGCCCAGUACACCCAUACCAGAGCCACGCCGAAAUCCGCCGCGAACUCGUAACAAGCCGGACAAACUUAACUUGUGAGAUUCUGAUUGUGAACUGAUGAUAACCUAACUGUAAAGUUCAUUUAAUGUGAAGUUAUUCUUAAUUGUUUUUGAUUGGACUGUUUGUUGUUUACUGUCUAUUUCAUUUUUAUUUUCAUAUGUGAUUUUCAUACUAGUCAGGGAGGAGUGUAGUGUAUGUAUUAAGUAAUCCGGAAAUUAUAUUUCCGUAUUCUACUAAUCCGGAUCUUAUAGUCUUGUGCAUGUUUUGGUUCUUACACUUAGUUAAAGUAAACGAGUUAAACUACA